AUGGAUCGUCAGCUUGAUCUGCAGCGCAGACAACAGAAUGGAAACUCUUCAGCUUCAGCCUCAGCUUCUGCGUCUAUUUCCGGCUCGGCAUCCCUCGUAAACGGGAGUACCCCAUUGCCAACAGUCCCAACAGGAGCUCAACCUGGAAUAAUCACUAUAACCAUGCCUCCCAUCCAAUCCAACUCCUACUACAAAAUUGCCCCCAGCGAAUAUGUUACGUUUGGGUGGAACUUUUCGAGCAUCAUUGUGACACCCACCGCCCUCACUGUUGCAGCAGUAGGCGCAAACGGAAACACAUAUCCCAUAGGCCCCACCGAUGGUGUCAUUCCCGGGACCGCUCAGAGCGUGGUGUGGUAUCCAUAUGGCUACCAGACUGCAAACCCUAGCCUUCCACUGGCUCAGGAAAGCUACACGCUUCAUAUUUGGGCCCAGGGUGGCCCUAGCGCAUUCCCCUCUCCUGGUUACCUGGAGCCAAACAGCGAGCUUGUGUUCGCUAUGUAUACGCCACAGGCAUACACACCUUUGGCUAGUGGGUGGCAAUGUGCCGGAUGCUCAGGAGCGUUGCCCCAGCUUAAAAUAAACUCUGCUCUCCCCGGUGUUGUUGCGAUGAUUAUUAUAAUGCUGCUCUCUGGGUUCACCACCCUUCGCCGCGUUUGGGACUGA